UGUUAUAUAACACAACACAAUAAAAGACACAUAGAUAAGUUCUGGUGUACGGUUCUGCUGGAUGAUGCUUCAAUAAUUCACAAUUUUGCAGCCGACAAGGACACAGACAUUUUGUCAGGGCUGACGGAGGACAGAGGAUGAAGACUGUGAUUGUGGUUCAUGGUGGCGCGUGGAGCAUCCCGGACGCAUUAGCAGAAUCGUCUGUGGCAGGAGUCAAGGCGGCGGCACGGGCAGGAGAUGCUGUUCUUAAGACUGGCAGAAGUGCUAUUGAUGCUGUUGAAACAGCUGUGAGGUGUUUAGAAGAUGACCCUACAUUUGAUGCAGGUCAUGGUUCAGUUCUGAAUAUUUCUGGUGAGGUGGAGCUGGACAGUAUCAUUAUGGAUGGAGAAACACUUGCCGCUGGAGCAGUGGCCUCUGUUAGAAACAUCGCUAACCCAGUUAGUCUCGCUCGCGCUGUGAUGGAAAAGACAGAUCAUGUCAUGUUGACAGAUAGAGGGGCGAGCAUGUUUGCGGAGCACAUUGGUACUCCAGUAGCUCAUGAUUUGGUGACUGAGCUGGAGCGUAAAGAGUGGGAACACAGCAACAGCUAUCGUGAUGGAGUAAAAAAAAAUUUUAACACACAAUGGGGCCAUGAUACUGUCGGAGCGGUGGCUCUGGACUCUUCGGGUAAUGUGGCGUGCGCUACAUCCACCGGAGGAAUCCGAAACAAAAUGGUGGGAAGAGUUGGCGAUUCUCCCAUUAUAGGAUCUGGUGGAUAUGCAGACAAUAGAAGCGGCGCAGUCUCCUGUACCGGCCAUGGAGAGUCUAUUCUCAAAGUCACCUUAGCCAGAUUAAUCCUCUUUCACGUUGAGCAAGGGAAAUCAGCCGUAGGCGCCGCUGAAGCCUCGCUGCAGUACAUGAGCCAGAGGGUGAAGGGAUGUGGAGGAGCUGUCCUUCUGUCCUCCACGGGCGACUGGACCGCCAGCUUCACCACUCCACGCAUGGCCUGGGCCUCCGUUAAAGAGGACGUCCUGCACUACGGGUUAAAUUCAAAGGAACACUUUACAGAGACACUCAACUGAAAAUGUGUGUUUUAAUAAAUCGCUGAUGUAAAUUGCUUAGGAAUUCUGAUAUUAGUUUAUUUAGUUUGAUUUUAGCAGAUUGUGCCAUGUGAGAUAUUAUACAUACACACUUUUUAAAAUUUUAAAUCAGUAUCAUAUGAUCUGUUUUUCUUAUCAAGUACACUGAAAAAAGUGUUGCAUGCAAAACUGUUGCAAACAAUUUAUUUGUGUUGAAUUUAAACAAACAAAUUAAAUUUAAUAAUGUUCGACUUAAUUUGUUUGUUUAAAUUCAGCCCAAAUAAAUAGUAUACAACCACUUAACGUAAUAAAAUCGAGUAAAUCAAAGGAAUCAUCUUUGAAUAAUUUUUUCAGUGUAUUCACCGCAAAUACUGCUGUUAAGCAGAAAAAUCGAAUCAUUUUACAUUUGAUUAACAUUUAGAUAAUAAUUCAUACUGCACUGUAAAUAUGCUAGGUUCUAAUCAAUCACUUUGUGUUGAGACAACAUGAAGGAAUUAAGUUAACUUACUCAAUUUUGAGCAAUUUUAGCGUUAUAGAUGUGACUUUUGUAGUAAAAAUUAAAACAUGAAUUCGCAAACAAAGUAUAUGUUAACAUUAUAUUGAAACUUCAGUUAAUAUUUUCCAAAACAACUAAUCACAGA